GUCUCAUCACCCUCAUCGUGCUUACUUAAUCAGCGGUACAUAUGCUAGUCACUAUGUUCGCAGUUCACCGACUUACGACGAUAACGGGAUUUCAACCACCUAUUCACUUUCUGUUCUCUAGGACAUUCUUGAACAAGGAGCCUUCGCGCGUCUCUCGUGUGGUGGACGAGGACAUUCAAUUUGUCCCCCUGCCACUGUUCACGAUAUUUGUGAAUUUUACGAUGCACUUUAUUAUCCCCAAUAUCAUCACGCGAUUUUUGCUACUGCUCAGACCUUCUGUGCCUGGCUGCUGGAGUCUCGUGUCCCAUCACCGCUCCUGCUUGGUGUGUAGAAACCCGUUCACAGGAUGCAUAUUGUUCGACGGUGUCCGCAUUGUUGUCACGUCCUCUGAUGUAUAUCUCUCGCUGUCGCUUAGUGUUUUCGAGAGCGCAGGUUAUCACCACUGUUCCUUCAUGCGUCAACUCUCCCAUAGUUCUCGCCAAGCUCUUUCUUUUGCUUGCCUGUUGGUACAGUAUCCCCCCUGGCUUUUUUUAUCCGAAGAGAUGAUCAAAUCUCACUUGGACGCUGUACUUCCUCUACUUUAUUCGAGAGUAUCUGACAUGUUCCAGGUUUGCGUGUCGUCCGUCGCACUAAGCCCAACUUCGUCGCCACCAUUUCCCACCAUUUCCUCGAACUGCGUGCGACUCUCCUCACGAAGUCUGUGCCCGAAGUAUUGGGUAAAUUUGCAUCAGCGAACCUCCCGGUUAAAUGUGAUCGUCUUUUUCUCCCGCUGCUCUCUGCUUUCUUUGAAAAUGUUUAUGGGCAAGCUUUCGUGACCGCUGUUAUUGUUUGGAGGACAUGGCAUUUCGAGAGCGGGCAGGCUCGCUCUAGCAAACACAUUACACAUU